AUGCACAGCACACCAUCUCACCACCAGACCACAGGACUGCCCGUACACAACCAGAAUCAGUACCGGAUCCAGCUCCUGGGGGAGAUCAGAACUGACAGCGACCCCGGGGAGAGAGCCUUGCAAAGCCUCAACACAGCGAGGGACGAGAAACUCUCCGAAAAACAGGUUCCUAUAAUGGGCGGUCCAAAAGAGUUAGCCGUUUUUGCCUGUUUUGCCAGUACUCUUUUUGCGUCGGUUCGGUGUCAAGAAGGGACGUGUCUGCAAGAUGGACGACACAAAGCCACGCCUAGCCCAGAACCAUAUUUGAAAGAGUGCUCACUUUACAUGGAAAAUGCCUGCUGUUCGGAGGCUGAUGUUUUGGAUCUUGCGGCAUCCGCUCCCUUGGUGGAAAAUAUGCCUUGGGACAAAUGUGGGGCCCUCAGUCCAGUUUGUGAGGCCUUUCUGAAACGGGUAGUCUGUUUCUACCGCUGCUCACCUGAUGCAGCCCGCUGGCCACACCCCCACCGGGGCUCCUCCCUCAAGGCGGUGCCUUUGUGUCACAGCCUCUGCAGAGACUGGUUUGAGGCAUGUAAGUUGGAUAUGACAUGUGCACGUGACUGGGCCACCGACCCGAGUGGUCAGAACUGCACUGGAAGCUGUGUACAAUAUCAACAGAUGUACCAACACGGUCGUGAUCUGUGUGAAAGCGUUUGGGGCGACGCCUUUGUGACGGUGGACGACGAGGCUGAGGAGGAGGACCCCGAGGGUCGAUCCUGCGGCUGUUUGACCCUCAGCGCGUCCGACCGGGACGUGAUGGCAGCCCUUAGAGCUCAGGAAGAAUUUCCGGAGGAGCUCGACACAACCAAGACCAGUCUGCCCCAGUACCGCGCACCCUGCCACUCCCCACCUCAGCCCAGCAGCGCCUCGGCGCCCCGACAGGCACGGAGGAGCAACAGCAACAGCAUCCUACGCAAACGCUCAGUGCUUGUGACCGACACAGAGGGCAGUGGGAGUGGCUUCUAG